CUGCUUCUCUCGCGCCGCCGCGGCCGCUCCCGCGUACACCGGCCUCGCCGUCCGCUAAGUCGGGAUGCUGCGGGCCUGUCAGCUGUCUGGCGUGAGCGCCGCCGCCCAGACUUGUCUCUGUGGAAAGCUUGUCCUCCGUCCAUUGCGACCAUGCCGAAGAUACUCAACUUCUAGCAGUUCUGGGUUGACUGCAGGCAGGAUCGCUGGAGCGGGUCUGCUGUUUGUUGGUGGUGGUAUUGGAGGUACCAUCUUAUAUGCCAAGUGGGACUCCCACUUCCGAGAAAGUGUAGAGAAAACCAUUCCUUACUCAGACAGACUCUUUGAGAUGGUUCUUGGUUCUGCACCUUAUAACGUUCCAUUGCCAAAGAAGCCGAUUCAAUCCGGUCCACUAAAAAUCUCUAGUGUGUCAGAGGUAAUGAAAGAAUCCAAACAGCCUGCGUCACAGCUCCAAAAGCAGAAGGGAGACACUCCAGCCUCGACAACAGCACCUACAGAGGCAGCUCAAAUUAUUUCUGCAGCAGGUGAUACACUUUCCGUCCCAGCCCCUGCGGUUCAGCAUGAGGAAUCUGUAAAAACUGAUCGCCCUGAAAUUGGUGGAGGAAAACCCACACCUGUAACCUCAGAGGAAGCACCCUCAUCCCCUGUAAGGGAGCGGCCACCUGAAGAAGUCGCAGCUCGCCUGGCGCAGCAGGAAAAGCACGAGCAAGUUGAGAUUGCGUCUCUAGCCAAGAGCUUAGAAGAUGCUCUGAGCCAAACUGCUUCCGUCACUCUGCAGGCUAUUGCAGCCCAGAACGCUGCCGUCCAGGCCGUGAAUGCCCACUCCAGCGUCCUGAAGGCAGCCAUGGACGAUGCCGAGGUUGCAGGUGAAAAGAAGUCUGCCCAGUGGCGCACGGUGGAAGGCGCCCUGAAGGAGCGCAGGAAGGCCGUGGAUGAAGCUGCUGAUGCCCUUCUCAAAGCCAAAGAGGAGUUAGAGAAGAUGAAAAGUGUCAUUGAAAAUGCAAAGAGAAAAGAGGUUGCUGGAGCCAAGCCUCACAUUACAGCCGCAGAGGGGAAGCUCCGCGACAUGAUCGUCGGUCUGGACAAUGUGGUCCAGAAGGUCCAGGCUGCUCAGUCCGAGGCUAAGGUGGUGUCGCAGUACCAUGAGUUGGUGGUCCAAGCCCGGGAUGACUUCAGACGAGAACUGGAGAGUAUCACUCCAGAGGUCCUUCCUGGGUGGAAAGGGAUGAGUAUUUCUGACCUAGCUGACAAGCUGUCUACCGAUGACCUGAACUCUCUGAUUGCGCAUGCACACCGUCGCAUUGACCAGCUGAACAGAGAGCUAGCAGAGCAGAAGGCCACAGAGAAGCAGCAUAUCGCGUUGGCCUUGGAGAAACAGAAGCUGGAAGAAAAGCGGGCGUUUGAUUCUGCAGUAGCAAAGGCAUUAGAGCAUCACCGAAGCGAAGUGCAGGCUGAGCAGGACCGAAAGGUGGAGGAAGUCAGAGAUGCUAUGGAGAAUGAGAUGAGGACCCAACUCCGCCGCCAGGCGGCCGCGCACACUGACCACUUACGAGAUGUCCUCAGGGUGCAAGAACAAGAGCUCAAGUUUGAGUUUGAGCAGGACCUGUCUGAGAAACUCUCGGAACAAGAGUUAGAGUUCCGUCGCCUCAGUCAAGAGCAAGUUGACAACUUCACCCUGGAUAUCAAUACGGCCUAUGCUAGACUGAGAGGAAUCGAGCAGGCUGUGCAGAGCCACGCAGUUGCUGAAGAAGAAGCCAGAAAGGCCCACCAGCUCUGGCUUUCCGUGGAGGCACUGAAGUACAGCAUGAAGACCUCGUCCGCAGACACGCCCACCGUCCCGCUGGGCGCUGCGGUGGAGGCCAUAAGAGCCAACUGCUCUGACAGUGAAUUUGCCCAAGCCUUAACUGCGGCCAUCCCUCCAGAGUCCCUGACCAGAGGGGUCUACAGUGAAGAGACCCUGAGGGCCCGUUUCUACGCUGUUCAGAAACAAGCCCGCAGGGUAGCCAUGAUUGACGAAACCAGAAACAGCUUAUACCAGUACUUCCUGUCCUACCUGCAGUCGCUGCUCCUGUUCCCACCUCAGCAGCUGAAGCCGCCAGCAGAGCUCUACCCCGAGGACAUGAGCACCUUUAAACUACUCUCAUACGCCUCCUACUGCAUCGAGCACGGUGACCUGGAACUGGCGGCCAAGUUUGUCAACCAGCUGAAGGGGGAGUCCCGACGAGUGGCCCAGGACUGGCUGAAGGAGGCCCGGAUGACGCUAGAGACGAAGCAGAUAGUAGAGAUCCUGACAGCGUAUGCCAGUGCCGUGGGCAUAGGGACCACUCAGGUACAGCCAGAGUGAGGCCUGGGGAGUGGGCAGCGUCGCCGCUCACGUCGGAGACAGCAGCGCUACAAGAAGGGUUUGCAGCAAGGGUCCCAGAAUUGUCUAGAAACCAGGUUCCGAUCCUGUGUGUGUCCACACCUGUUGCAUCUACCCUCGGUCCACCUGCUAUCAUGUCACUGAACUCCAGGGUGCCCUCUUUGCAACUUGUGUAACGUGUCCUGCUUCUCAGGUGUUACUGAUGAGGCUCGUGAGCCAGUCCAAUGAUGUUUGUGAUCCCCACUAUUGAUUCUGCCCUUGGAGCAAACUGAAUAAAACGACACAGUGGAAACCAA